AAGUCCCUGUCCCACACUCUGGGCCGGCUACUCAGCCCCCUGGCCUCGCUGGACCCCUCGCACUUCUGGUUGCUGAACAGAAUGGCGGCCGACGAGCGCCACCUAGUGUCCAGCUGCGGCUCCUACAUCAAGACGGAGCCCUCUAGCCCCUCCUCCCUCAUCGACACCGUCAGCCAUCACAGCCCUAGCGGCCAAUCAGACGCCAGCGGUGGUGGUGGCGGCUACGGUAACGGCCUGACAGGCCACCCCAACGGUCUGGACUCGCCGCCCAUGUUCACGCCGGGCGGCCUGGGCGUCGUAGGAGGAGGCCCCAACGCGGCGGCGUGCCGCAAGCGCUACGAGGACUGCUCCGGCGGCGGCGGCCUCAUGGAGGAUUCGAGCAUCAAGUGCGAGUACAUGCUCAACUCCAUCCCCAAGCGCCUGUGCCUGGUGUGCGGCGACAUCGCCUCCGGCUACCACUACGGCGUGGCGUCCUGCGAGGCGUGCAAGGCCUUCUUCAAACGCACGAUACAAGGAAAUAUCGAGUACAGCUGUCCGGCCACCAACGAGUGCGAGAUAACGAAACGGAGACGCAAAUCCUGCCAAGCCUGCCGCUUCAUGAAGUGUCUAAAGGUCGGCAUGCUAAAAGAAGGUGUUCGUCUGGACAGGGUGAGGGGGGGUCGGCAGAAGUACAAGAGGCGGUUAGACAUGGAGAGCAGCGCCUACCUGGGCCUCACGGUCCCUCCCCCCGCCAAGAAACCACUGACCAAGAUCGUGUCUCACCUGCUGGUGGCAGAGCCAGAGAAGAUCUAUGCGAUGCCCGACCCCAGCAUGCCCGAGAGCGACAUCAAGGCCCUCACCACCCUCUGCGACCUCGCCGACCGGGAACUAGUCGUCAUCAUCGGCUGGGCCAAGCACAUCCCAGGUUUCUCGACUCUCUCGCUGGGAGACCAGAUGAGUCUAUUGCAGAGCGCGUGGAUGGAGAUCUUGAUCCUGAGCAUCGUGUUCCGCUCGCUGCCCUACGAGGAUGAGCUGGUGUACGCGGAGGACUACGUGAUGGACGAGGAGCACUCGCGACUCACCGGCCUACUAGACCUUUAUGUAGCCAUACUGCACCUGGUCCGCAGGUACAAGAAGCUGAAGGUGGAGAAGGAGGAGUUUGUCACACUCAAAGCCAUCGCACUCGCCAACUCAGACUCCAUGCACAUAGAGGACGUGGAGGCAGUGCAGAAGCUCCAGGACUCGCUGCACGAGGCGCUGCAGGAGCUGGAGACCGGCCAGCACGGCGAGGACCCGCGACGGGCGGGCAAGCUCCUCAUGACCCUGCCCCUGCUGCGCCAGACGGCCCACAAGGCCGUGCAGCACUUCUACAGCAUCAAGGUGCAGGGCAAGGUGCCCAUGCACAAACUCUUCCUGGAGAUGCUGGAGGCCAAGGUCUGAUGAAGGUCAAAACCACGGUCAAGGACAAGGUCGUCAUCAAGAUCAAGGUCGUUCAAUGAAAAGGAGGGAGGUCGUUCAAGGGUGAUUUGACUCAAUGGGAUUGGACCUGGAAGACAUUAGACAGUAUAAUCCCCAUCCCACCCGAUGGGCCAGGUGCAGGACAAUGACAGCAAAUCCAAGUGAAAAAGAAAUGAAGUCCGCGACACUGCUUGUCUACUGUGUAUUUAAUAGAGCCCUGAAGGUCGAAACGUUGCUCUAUUAAAUACACAGUAGACAAGCAGUGUCGCGGACUUCUUUUUCACUCUGAUGAAGGUCAAACUACUGUCAAGUUCGUCGUCAAGAUCAAGGUCGUUCAAUGAAGGUUGUUCAAGGAGGGAGGUCGUUCAAGGGUGAUUUGACUCAAUGGGAUGGGACCUGGAAGACAUUAGCCAGUAUAAUCCCCUUAUAGAUGCACUGUUGGUUUUUGGGGGUGAACUUCAAGCAGAGUCAAGAGAGUUUCUUUGAACUUUUAAUGUUGACUGUUGUUUUGGGGCG